AGCUGACUUUGACUUUGAUAUUUCAUGCAGGUGGCGAACUACGGAGUCGGAGGACAGUACGAACCUCACUUUGACUUUGGGCGGAAAGACGAACCAGACGCGUUCGAAGAGUUGGGGACAGGAAACAGAAUCGCCACCUGGCUGCUUUACAUGAGUGAUGUGCAGGCAGGGGGCGCCACAGUCUUCACGGAUGUCGGAGCUGCUGUCUGGCCCAAAAAGGGGACGGCGGUGUUCUGGUACAAUCUGUUCCCCAGUGGAGAAGGAGACUAUCGGACCCGACACGCUGCCUGUCCGGUUCUGGUCGGCAACAAGUGGGGUGAGUUCACAACACGAUACAUAAACUGACAUUUAUGAUUAUAA